UUCUUUGUCGUAUACAAUAUGGUGACAACAGAGGUGAUCGCUGUAUUUGAGAAUACGUCAGAUGAACUUUUGGAGCUCUUUGAGAACUUCUGUGACCUCUUCCGAAAUGCUACCCUGCACAGUGAAGUCCAGUUUCCUUGCUCAGCUUCCAGCAACAAUUUUGCAAGGCAAAUCCAGCGCCGGUUCAAAGACACUAUUAUCAAUGCUAAGUAUGGUGGGCACACGGAAGCUGUCCGCCGGCUUCUGGGGCAGCUUCCCAUCAGUGCCCAGUCCUACAGUGGAAGCCCCUACCUUGAUUUGUCUCUCUUCAGCUAUGACGACAAGUGGGUGUCAGUCAUGGAGCGGCCCAAGACCUGUGGAGAUCACCCCAUCAGGUUCUACGCCCGGGACUCCGGGCUGCUUAAGUUUGAGAUCCAGGCCGGCUUGCUGGGCCGCCCCAUCAACCACACAGUGCGACGCCUCGUAGCCUUCACUUUCCACCCUUUUGAGCCGUUUGCCAUUUCUGUGCAGAGGACUAAUGCCGAGUACGUCGUCAACUUCCACAUGCGGCACUGCUGCACUUAGGGUGCCUCACCAGCCAGGUGAGCUGGGCUUCCAAGACCCGGCCGCUUCUUACCUCAGCCGACUCCAGAGC